AUUUGCCUCACCUCCCAACUUGAUCCUUGAACCAUUUUCUCGUCUUUUCAUUUCCAUUGUUGAAGGAAGGAAAUCAAAAAGUGUUUUUGUUGGAAACAAUUAUCCAUUUCGAAUCCUCGUCACUUCAUACAUAUCGUAUCAUAUAAGAUAAAAGCAUCGUCAUCAUGCCUCAUACAACAUUGCAUCUCCGUUCGGAAGACAAGCCAUUGGAGCACCGCUCAGCUUUGACCCCCUCUACGACCAAGGCGCUGCUUGACGCCGGCUAUGCUGUCAACAUUGAGCGCAGCCCCGAGCGUAUCUUUGACGAUAGCGAAUUCGAAAAGGUCGGCGCAACUCUUGUACCUGAGGGCUCAUGGCCCAAUGCGCCCGCGGACCACAUUAUUGUCGGUCUCAAGGAGCUGCCUGAAGAGACUUUCCCCCUGAAGCACACCCACGUGCAAUUCGCGCACUGCUACAAGAACCAAGGCGGCUGGGCUGAAGUUCUGUCUCGAUUCCCCCGCGGCGGCGGUACCCUUCUCGACCUUGAAUUCCUGACCGAUGCUUCUGGCCGUCGCGUUGCGGCAUUCGGCUUCCACGCUGGAUUCGCCGGCGCCGCGCUCGCCAUCCAGGCAUGGGCGUGGCAACUGACGCACCCGGGCGAGCCGAUGCCGUCUGUGAGCAGCUACGCCAACGAGGGACUGCUGAUCAAGGACAUCAAGGCGGCCACGGACGCUGGUGCGCAAAAGAUUGGCGGCCGCAAGCCCCGCGUAUUGGUCAUUGGCGCCUUGGGCCGCUGCGGACGCGGCGCCGUCGAUCUGUGCCGCAAGGCUGGUAUCCCCGAGUCGCAGAUCCUCAAGUGGGACAUGGCGGAGACGGCCAAGGGCGGCCCGUUCCCGGAGAUUGUCGAGAGCGACAUUUUCGUCAACUGCAUCUACCUGAGCCACAAGAUCCCGCCCUUUAUCGAUGCCACCUCUCUCGCCUCGCCCAGCCGCAAGCUCUCCGUCGUCUGCGACGUCAGCUGCGAUACCACCAACCCGUUCAACCCCGUCCCCAUCUACUCUGUCAACACUACGUUUGAUAACCCCUUGGUCCCUGUCCCCGUGAAUGGGCCCCCCGCGCUCUCCGUCAUCAGCAUCGACCAUCUCCCCUCCUUGCUGCCCCGUGAGGCCUCCGAGGCCUUUUCCACCGACCUCUUGCCCAGCUUGCUCCAGCUCAAGGACCGCAAGACCGCCCGUGUCUGGAAGGAGGCCGAGCAGCUGUUUGACGAAAAGGUCGCUUCCCUGCCAAAGGAGUAUAGAACCGCCUUCAAGGCCCGCUUGUAAACUAUAUUCACGUCCUAUCCCUCUUUCUCUCCCUUGAGCUUAGAAUAUCUAGACGUUUUAGGGAAAACCCCUUUCAAGCCAUGUAUUAACUCAUCUUAAUGCCGUAUUAUCUUUUUAUUUUUUCUAUUCUUCUAGCAAUAUUCUCAUAGCCUUUAUCCCGUGUUCUUUGGGAAGGGUACAAUGGUACCGCACAUUUAGAUUUUUUUCCGGGUU